AUGGAUGAGUUUUAUGUAGCCGCCCUAGAUAAUCUCGAACGACAAGAAAUUAAUGCUCUAAAUUAUAGGAAAUUAAAUCAUAAAGAAAGGUUUGAUGCUUUUUUAUUGCCAGACGAUGUAUUUAUAGCUUUAAAUUUUUGUGCGACUGGUUCUUACAAACAUCCCGUUGGAAAUAGCCAUUUAACAUUUGUUUCCCAGCCAUCAGUUUCGAGAGCAAUUGAUGAAGUAGUAAAAGCUAUGAAUCAACCAGAAAUAUUUAAUUACUGGGUAACAUUGCCAUCAACAUACGAUGAAUUACGACGAACAAGAGAAAAGUUUAAUACUAAAUUUAUAUUUCCGGGAAUAGUGGGUAUUAUCGACUGUACCCAUGUUGGAAUAUUUCCCCCCAAAAAGGAUGAUCCAGAUCAUCCUGAAUAUAUAUAUGUAAAUAGAAAAAACUACCAUAGCAUUAAUGUCCAUCUAGUAUGUGAUUCGGAUAUGAAAAUAAUUAAUGUUUCAGCAUUAUUUCCAGGGAGUGUAAAUGACGUCUACAUUUGGAACAAUAGUCAACUAGAACUUAUUCUUAGGGAAAUUAAUAACUAG